AUGUCCACGAUAUUCAGAACAGCUCUCCGAUUUGUUUUAACUGAAAAGACAUCAAAAGCUGCUGUAAUACCUUCUAGAGGAGCCUCAUCGUUCAACUGGCAAGAUGCAUUCGAUUUAAGAUCACAGCUAACUGAAGAAGAACGUGGCUUAAUGGACAGCACCAGAGAGUAUUGCAAAGACAAGUUGCUCCCAAGAGUUGUAGAAGCAUUCCGAAGUGAAAAGUUUGAUCCAGCAGUAAUACCCGAAAUGGGUAAAAUGGGGCUUUUGGGAGCACCUUACGAAGGAUAUGGGUGUGCCGGAACGUCGUUUGUUGGUUACGGAUUGAUUGCGCGAGAAAUUGAACGUAUUGACAGCGGCUACAGAUCAUCAUUUAGCGUCCAGACAAGUUUGGUAAUAUCUCCAAUUCACAGAUUCGGCACCGAAGCGCAAAAGGAGAAGUAUAUUCCAAGUCUUGCCGCUGGUGAAAAAAUUGGUUGCUUUGGCCUGACGGAACCAAAUCACGGUUCUAAUCCUGCUGGUAUGGAGACAAAAGCUAAAUGGGAUCCGGUCAAGAAAGCUUACCUGCUGUCUGGAACAAAAUCAUGGAUAAGUAAUUCGCCCGUUGCCGAUAUUUUUAUUGUAUGGGCUAGAAGCGAACGUCAUAACAAUGAAAUCAUGGGAUUUAUUUUGGAGAAAGGUAUGCCAGGUUUAACUGCACCAAAAAUUGAAGGAAAACUAUCACUUCGAACAAGCAUUACCGGCCAAAUUGCCAUGGAUGAAGUUGAAGUGCCAGAAGAAAACUUGCUGCCAAAAAUAAAAGGUCUUGCCGGCCCAUUUGACUGCUUGAACAAUGCCAGACUUGGAAUAGCUUGGGGAGUGUUAGGUUCUGCGGAAGAAUGUUUCCAUAUAUCCAGACAAUACGCCAUCGACAGGUAA